UUUAUUAAGGGCCUGCUGUGCUCAGUUCUAGGGAUCUAAUGUUUUUAAUGACAGGACCGUUCUUGAGGAAUUGACGGAUAACUGGUACUGAGAGGGAGGUGGUUGAUUGGCUCCCUGCUGCCGGGGGAGAGACUCUCCCUACAACCAAAAGACAUAGUGCCCUCUCUCCCUAAUUUGAAGUUAACACUAGAUAAGCCAUUUCCCCUUUCUAGAGGAAACUCGGUUUCUUCUCUGUAAAAUGGGGUUAAUGAUACUGCUCUGCCUUCCCCAGAGGAUCAAGUAAGAAGGUGAUUUGUAAAUGACAAAGUGCCUGGGACGCAGGUGUUAUGCGAGUAGUUAGCCCAGUUAAUGAAUGAGGAAACAGGUACACAGAAGUCUAGUGCCUUGCUUGUGGUCAGAGGCAGGACUCCUAGCCCCACACUGCUGUGCUGCCCCCUCUCCUUGCUCACAGAAACCCCCUUCCUUCUCUCUAGACCAUUCCUACCGUGGCUGCCCCAGCUCAGGACUAUCAGCCUCCUCACUCGAAUCUCUACUGAUCCCUGUGGCAGCUUCCAUGUGGCCCAGCCUAGGUCCCUGGCACCUUGGGGCUAUCAGCAGGUGCGCUCUAAGGCCCGAGGCAACGAAUACCAGCCCAGCAACAUGAAGCGGAAGCGGAAACAUGGAUGGAUUCGGAGACUCAGCACUCCCGGUGGAAUUAAGGUGAUCUUGCGGCGCAUGCUGAAGGAUCGGAAGUCCUUGAGCCACUGAGGCCUAAGCCGGCCCUCUCCAGGAGCCAGAAUGAGCAGCGCCCAAGGACUGCAUUAGCCAGACGAGAUGGACAGGGACACCUCCCAGACAAAGCUCGAGCUCCUGACUGCCAGCCAGGACGAUGGCUAUCCUUAUUUGGUAUGUUGAUACCAUGGGACUUUUUCAGCAAAAUCUUGGGUUUCGAAGACUGAAUUUCUUCCUGUGAUGUCAGAGAAUUGACUAAAUGCAGAACUAUUAAAGCAGUUAAACCCUGCAGAGGUGUUGGAGUAUGAUCUUUUCCAGGUGUGCAAUUGGUGAGGGAAGUUGUAAGCAUAUAUAUGAAAAUGAAAUUUAGUGGAAUAAAUGUAAAGUCCUAUACUGAGGUUCCAAAAACAACCACACAAAUAAAGAAUGAAGGAGGUGUGAAUGAAUGAA